AUGGACUCGUUUUCAUUUCGAAAUUCAACCACUUGGGCCACUAUGUCGGGUAUUGGCGGCAAGGGCGGCAAAGGCGGCAAAGGCGGCAAGGGCGUCACGUCCAAGCGGGCCCCGCAGUCCCGGUCGCAGCGCGCCGGGCUCCAGUUCCCCGUGGGCCGCAUCCACCGCUUCUUGAAGAAACGUGUAGCCAACAACCAGCGUGUAGGCGCGACUGCAGCCGUGUACGCUGCUGCGAUCAUGGAGUAUUUGACGGCCGAGGUGCUGGAACUCGCGGGCAACGCGUCGAAAGACCUCAAGGUCAAGCGCAUCACACCGCGCCAUCUGCAGCUUGCGAUCCGCGGCGACGAGGAGCUCGACACGUUGAUUAAGGCCACGAUCGCCGGCGGUGGCGUCAUCCCGCACAUCCACAAGAACCUCAUUAACAAGCAAAACAAGAAGCGAAUGCCGCUGUAG